GAAAAAUCGAAAAAACCUUGAACCAGUUUCGGUUCCAGUUCCAGUUCCAGUUCCAGUUCCAGAUUCACAUGAUCCAGCUCUCUUUCUACGCGUGUCGCGUUGACUGAUGCAGUAUUCGACGCAGCACAUGGUCAAUCAGUUGUGCCUCAUUGUUAAGGAAGUGCCCUAUCGUGUUUAGUUUCAUAAACAUAUUUUUUUAAAAAGUUAAUUAAAAUUUGAAAUGACUCAAAUCACUUGAACAAUCCGGAGACGUUGUUCACUCUUCAAGCAGAGUUAACAUUCAACUGGUGGUUUUUCUAGUUCAUUUUGAAUGCUGAAAGAAGUUCAAUACAAUCGCACAUUCUGGUAGAAGAUUUUCGUUCGAGUUGAAUCUUUGUCCCAACAUCGAGCCGAGCAGAUAAAAUGGCUGAUACCCUAUCUGCAGUUUACGAUCUGGCCUAUCCGAGCCCCGUCACACUGAAAGAAAUCACAUCCAUCGUAGUAGUUGUGGAAUUAUGGCGUAGAGAAAUCAACACAUACCUUGAAAGUAACUAUUCAGACAAAUAUUAUUUGACCGGGCAGAUUCGGCUGAAAAAUCUAAUCCCUGAUAUGCCAUCGACAAUUUACAAUCAACUGUCUAACUAUAUCGUCACGUUUAGAAAAUCGAUUAAGAAAUGGCUGCGGUAUCAUUGUUUCAUCUCGUCGGAUAACAACAAGGAGAGAUGUUUUAAUUACAUAUUACGCCGUUUCCACGAUUUUGCAUGGGACUGGAAUGGCGCUAUUAAUUACGUUCGUACAGCCAAAAGGAUGCUGCAGUGUGAUCGAUUCUCUCUUGAUGAGAAAUUCACGAUUGCUUGUUUCUACUAUUUCGAAGAUGAUAUCAAACGGAUUUGGCCUUCUGUCAGCACGAAGACGUGUGUGAAAGAAAUUUCUGUUCAUAAACAAAGACAAUUGUUCUACUGGUCAAACGAACUACACAUGCCACUCAAUUCGCCUUGUCCAUAUUGCGGUCUAACUAUUGAUAGAGAUGAAAUGUUCAAUUUCGACUCAUUGGAUAACCAGUCAUCAGUGGAGUAUUUUUGGAAUCGGUUACCUUCAGAAGGACGAUCGGGAACAGCUAUCGUUAUGUAUGAGACACGCGUCGAAUUAUUCGCUAGGUUCAUUUUACCACAAUUGAGCGAAUACCAACUAGAAGAGUUUCUCGCUGAACGUGCUUCUGGUUUGAUAUUCAGACUUUUGAUGUGUGAUUUGGGACGAUGCAGCGUUCUUCCCGCUUGGAUUUAUAUUAGAAACAAGAUCAGUGGAGAUCAAUUCCUCAAACUAAUUAUGCACCCGCUGUUAGUAGAGGUUAAGGAUGAUUUCGUUGAGGAGUCGUUGGAACUUUGUUGUGAGAUAUGGUACAGUGCUCCUCAACAUAUGAAACAACUAGUAAUUGAUGAGUUGUUGAAAGAGCCACCGUUUCUCAGAUUGAAUUUGCAAAUUGAGCGAACGAAACCGAGACAAAUGAAAUUUCUGAUCGCAGUAUUACACGAUGCGACUUUCGAAGAGAGAAGCGCAUUUUGGUACAAACAUUGGCGCGCUUUGAUCCGUGUCCCUGUAAUCGAAGAUUUACUCGAAAUGACGAAGUUGUGCUUUCGCAACGAACACGAAAUACGUGCGUUUAAAAACGACAUCAUGUGCAAGUACGAUAAUAUCGAUUAUUAUCGCAUCACGUCGUCCCUGAAAAAAGGUCGUAUCGAUAAAUUAAACAAGUAUUUAGAUUUUUGCUGCCCCGACGAGCAAAUAAGAAGGCGGCUGAAACAGCGAUUAUUACAUGCAAAUAUUAAUUCGAUGGUCAGCAUUCGGUUCUAUCAUGAAUUCAAACAGCUGAAUGAGUUCAUCAAUGACGCUUUUGAAAGGAACGAUGUUCGCGUUGAAUUUAAAACCCAUUUCAUUACAUCUUUCAUGACCGAGAGGCUUUUAUUCAAAUUUAUUCGUCAAGGUGAUUUCGCUCUUCUUAUGGGAUUCGUUGAAACUUUUGUUUCGGGGCAACCGGCCAUCGUGCCGUUGAAAAACCUUUUACUUGUUUAUUUCAAAGAGCGGCUGAUGGAGGGUGCGUUUCGUUCUAUUCAGCUCAGUAAUAUCGAUAAUUUACGAAGAUUUUUGAUCUGGUUGUUGGGUAACGAAGACCAAGUUACCAUGUUUUUCGUAACCUUGUGUAGUCGAAGCUGAAAAAGAAACGUUAUAGGGGAGAUGGAGGAAAACCUAACAAAUUUCCUGAGAAGCUCCAUUAUUUUCUGAUGUGGUAUUUUAACCAAGAUGAUGAAGAAAUUGCCGGUUUCAAACAACGAUUAGGUAUAGGUACCCGAAGAAUAAGAGUUGUUUGUUCCUCGUUCAUAAAAUUGUGGGAUUCUUGAAAUUAAAUCAGGUUUAUCUAUACCUAUAAUAUAAUGUAUUUUUUUUUGUAAUUCUCGUUUAAUUUACCUAUUUUUUGUGAAUUGCAUUCAAUAAGAUCUCUUUUUUACGGAUUGUGGUACUCUACCUAUGUAUUUUUUAAUUUUUUCGAAUUGAAGCGUGGUUUUCCAAAACCCAUUAAGUCACAAAAGUAAGUUCCGAGAAAAAGCAUAAAACAUACUCCCAUUUCAUUAGAGGGCUCAUUUUGAGUAUGCAACCAACCUAACAUUGAAGUUUAGGUGUAGCUUGAUAUGAUCCAACACGUGGUGUUGAGUUGAAUGUUGCACAAGCGAUUCCACACGCGUUGAAAAACAUUGACUUAAUGCGUUUUGGAAACCCAAUAGACGUUUUAUUGAAAAAUGAGUAUUCAUUCAGGGAAAUUAUGAGGUAAUUAUAAAAUAAUUAUAAAAAUGAAAGUACCACCUUGUAGGAAAAUCAAUUUUCUAACAAAAUGGUUCUUACUACUUUCUGUUUAUUUUCAAUCGUGCGUGCACAAAUUGAAGAAUUAAAAAAACACCACGCAAAAAGUACAUUUUUUUUGCCUUUUCUCCUUUCCAGCUUCCAUAUUACCAUUCAAUUCAAAACUUCUUAUUAAAAAUUAUGUUUCUAAUUCAUUUCUGAGGAAUUUUGAUUUUUUGAAGGUUUUUGCCUUAUAUUUUCGAAUUACGUUGAUGAUAUUGAUGUCGUUUUCUCAUGAUUCGAUACCACUGAGCGCGAAGUUCAAAUGAAAAAGAUUCCAUAUGUUGUAAAAGUAAGUAUGUACCUUAAUUUUGAAAAUAGUGGAAAUUUAGGAGAGGGCUGAGGGCCUCGGAGGGGCUGAGUGAGUGUAGCAGAGCGGUAUCGAAUCAUAAGAAAACGACACCAAAUUCAUCAAAGUACCUUCAUUUCAAAAUCAAAAAUAGUGGAAAUUCAGGAUGGGGCUGAGAGGUCCGAAGGGACUGCGUGAGUGUAGCAGAAAAUUUGACGCCAUAUUCGCGCUCAGCGGUAUCGAAUUAUAAGACACCGCCACCAAUAUCAUCAAAGUAACUUCAUUUCCAAAAUAGUAAAAAUUGAGGUGGUGGCUGAGGGCUCCGGAGUGGCUGUGUGAGUGUAAAACAAAAUCUAACGUCAUAUUCGUGCUCAGCGGUAUCGAAUCAUAAGAAAACGACACCCUACUCAUCAAUAUUAAUUUCCCCCAAAAUUCCCAUUUCACCCCCCCUCCCAACACACAUUUUUCCAACUUUUCACCACGGCACACCAAAGCAAAAAUGUCGAAAAAAGUAUAUGAUGUUUGGGGGUCAAAAAUACAUCUACAAAACGUGUUUCUAAAAUGUAUCUCGCAAUCUUCAUAGUUGAAAACCAUAAAAUAGUUGGAAAAACCUAUAACGCCAUUUUGAGGGGUCAAUAUGAGGGGAGGGGGUUGAAAAUUUUUGUGGGUAUACCUCCUAAGGAUGAACAUAAUUAUACAACAUACUAAAAAAAUUUAAAAUCAGUUCAUAUGGGGCUGAAGUAAUUUCAAAAAUGGGGAUAGUGCGUUUUGGAAUACCAAGUGCGCACUUCAACGAUUUCACAAAACGCUGGGCAGAACAUGGAUAAAAUAGGUAUUUUAGGUAGGUAUGUGUCUCAGGUGGUGUGUCCGGAUGUCACAAACCAAAUGGCGCGAAAAAGUCAAUUUCGAAAAAAAUUGACUUAAUGCGUUUUGGAAAACCACGCUUCAAUUCGUUGUCAGAUGUUACCUGCUUGCAGAGGAGUAUCUCAAGUGGUGGAAAAUUAUUUUUAGCGUUACCCAAAAAUUGAAAUAAAUUGCAAACGUCCCAUCUU